UACCUAGUAUCACCAGAGGUAUCACGUAAAUGAACUGUAUUGUAAAUAUUCCUUAAAAAUAUUACCGAAAUAAAAUGUCGUUAUAUACGGCAAAAACAAUACUUCGAACAAGCUACUCGACGCGUUAGUGUGAAAUAGUUUUUUAGUUUCUAUGAAUUUUACUGUUGCUAUCAAUAAAUUUCAUACAUCUUUCCCAAUAUAUUUAGAUCAGAAAUGGAGGGUGGCAAGAAAUUUGGCAAAAAAUCCAAAUACUACUGGUCCAUUGGUUACUUUGUCUGAUUAUUCCUUUAAAGAUGAUAAACCUGUCCCAUAUGGUUCAAGACAGUUGAAGCGUAUACAAAAGCAUCAAGAAUAUAUGAGAAAAAUUAUUAAACUAGUUGGAGAAAUUGAUUUUGCAGUUGAACGACAUAGUAGUUUAUUGAAAGAAAAGAAAAAGCAAGAACAAAAAAUUUUGGAUAGUCAAUUGAAACCUAAAGGUGUGUUGCCAAUUAUCAAUCAAUAAUAUUUUUUAAUUCAUUUCACAAUUUGUAAAUAAAUAUAAAAAGUAAAAUAUGCUAUAUGAA